CCAACUCCCAGAUGCCUCAGCUGCCUGAGCCAAGGGCAGGGAAUUCUGGGAAAUGGAGUCCAAAGAAACCUUAGUGGGAAGGAGGAGGAGGCUGGAACUCGCAGAGGCGGAGCUUGAGGCGCUGACGUCAGCGGAGGGCGGGGCUAACGCUCAGCCGGCCCCGCCCCCUGGGGCAGAGGCUUCUGAGCUUCUUUCUGCUGCAGAUGCGCAUUAGGCGUCCACACGCGGGCUUUUUACACCAUGGCGUCUCCUCCGGACUCCCCGGCCAGCAAGAGGUUGCAUUCCAGGACAGAGGCCUCCUGCCUGUCGCUGGCCCUGGAAGGGGAGCGCUCCUGCAAGGCGGGGGACUUCCGGGCGGCGGUGGAGCUCUUUGAGGCGGCCCUGCAAGCGGGGACCCCGGAGCCCCAGACCUUGAGUGCCAUCUACAGCCAGAUGGGCAACGCCUGCUUCUACCUCAAGGAAUUCCCCAAAGCCCUCCAGUUCCACAGCCACGACCUCACCUUGGCCAGGGCCCUUGGGGACCGCAUUGGGGAGGCCAAGGCCAGCGGGAACCUGGGAAACACACUCAAAACUUUGGGGCAAUUUGAGGAAGCCGUCGCCUGCUGCCAAAGGCAUUUGGACAUUUCCCAAGAGCAAGGAGACAAGGUUGGGGAAGCCCGGGCCUUGUAUAACCUGGGCAACGUCUACCACGCAAAGGGCAAGCAGCUCUCGUGGACUUUGCCCCAGGAUUCUGGCCACGGCCUCCCCGUGGAAGUCAAGGAAGCCCUGGAAAAGGCCUCCGAAUAUUACGGUCGGACCCUGUCUCUGGCGCAGGGCCUGGGGGACCGAGCGGCGGCCGGGCGGGCACUGGGCAACCUGGGCAACUCCCAUUACCUGCUGGGACACUUCACCCAAGCCAUCCUCUUCCACAAACAGCGCCUGGCCAUCGCCAAGGAGUUCGGGGACACGGCGGCCCAAAGGCGGGCCUACAGUAACCUUGGCAACGCCCACAUCUUCCUGGGAAGGUUUGACCUCUCUGCCGAGUUUUACAAGAAAACACUGCAACUCUCCAGGCAACUCAAGGACCCUUUGGUGGAAGCGCAGUCCUGCUACAGCCUGGGAAACACAUAUUCGCUCCUCCAGGAAUACGAAAAGGCCAUUGAAUACCAUUUGAAACACUUGACCAUUGCUCAGGAGCUGGGAGACCGAGUUGGAGAAGGGCGGGCUUGCUGGAGCCUUGAAAAUGCCUACAUUUCCCUCGGAAAUCACGAACGCGCCUUGCAUUUUGCAGAGAAACACCUUGAAAUCUCUCAGGAGAUCGGAGACCCCAAUGGAGAGAAAACCGCCUCCGCAGCCAUUGACCAGUUGAAGUCCAUCUUGGGUCCAAAGGAGAGAAAUGACCAUUUGGAUGCAUUGGUCUCCGGUGCAGGAUACGAAGGGCAAGGGGCAAAGCCAAAGCGGAUGCAAAUGCCUGGGUUGAACAGGUUUCCUCCUGAAAAGGAACAGAAUGGAGAGGCCCCUCCGCGGCCACUUCACCCCAACAGACCCCGGAGCCAGCGGUCAGUUUUGGAGGUCAAGCGGCCCUUGGAGACCAGCGAUGUCCAGGUCCAUGUCUCACCACUGAGGGUCCCAUUGGAGGAAGAAGAGGAGGAAGAGGAAGAGGAGGAGGAGGAAGGCUUCUUUGAGCUGCUGAGCCGGUUCCAGAGACACCGGAUGGAGGACCAGCGCUGCCCUUGGGAGGAAGAGGAGAAAGCCCCUGCAUCCUCGUGCCCAUCGGCGGUGCUCCCUUCCUCCUCCCCGCAGACGGAGCAGCUCCUGGACCUGAUUGCCUGCUCGCAAGGCCGGCGUUUGGAGGACCAGCGGGCCCCCCCCUCGGCCGCUUCCUCAGGGGGAGGCGGCCUCCCAGGGCUCCGCCUCCCCCUCCUGCACAAGGAGGAGGAGCCAAGCGCAGGCUCCGCCCACCAGGACCCCCCAGGAAGCAGCAGCAGCAGCGAGGCUUUCUUCCAGAUGCUCAUCAAGUGCCAGUCCUCCCGCCUGGAUGACCAGCGCUGUGCCCCUCCUCCGGCCGCGUCUCCUCCGCCUCCUUCUCCGCCGGACGAGGACUUCUUCAGCCUCAUCCAGAGGGUCCAGGCCAAGCGCAUGGACGAGCAGCGGGUGGACCUCCAUUCUGCCGCCGAAGAGGAGGAAGAAGAGGGUCUGGACGCGGAGAGACCCUCUCAGAGAUAGCAUCCAAAUGCAUCCAGGAAGGCAAAGGAUUCAACUUGACCAUCAACAAAGGGCCCUUGGGAUUUGCACCUCCAAGCUGGACUUCUGUGCCGCCGAAAACGGUCUCAUUUUGAACCCGAUGGGCAGUUGAAAUGUUGACAGAAAUAAAAAAAGGAUCCCCAGAGAUAGAUCUAUGCAAAGGGAAAGAGAGAGAGAAGGAAUUGUCAACGUGGAGGUCAGGGUGCGAGCUGGGUGGGUUUCUUCAGACACCAUCUAUCAUCUUCUCCAACACCCUGAUGAAUUUGUUGCAAUCGUCUGCCACACCAAUUCAAUGUCAGACUCAAUCACAUCCGUAGUCUGAAGUCCAAACAUUGAUUUCAAUAUCUAGAAACAGAUUUACAAAGCAUAGCAAAAGCCCAUCGCUCUGAGCUGACAUUUCUCUUCAGCCUCUUCCUCAGCAAGCACUAGCUCAACUCACUCAAGAGAUAAGAAAAACACAAUCCUCAGUCCCAAGGAAGUCCCCGACCUCCAAGGCCAGAAAUCAUGUCUGAUAGAUCAACAGCAGUCACAACAGGCUGUCAGUCAAAACUAGCCUGCUGUUAACUGUUUCAUUACUGAAACACACUCUCUUGCAAAAACAGCAGAAAACACUUGAUUUAAAUUUCAUACACAUACAACCAUAAUCCAACAACAGGAAUUGUGUUUUAGACCAGGCGUGGGCAAACUUGGGCCCUCCGGGUGUUUUGGACUUCAACUCCCACAAUUCCUAACAGCCGGUAGGCUGUUAGGAAUUGUGGGAGUUGUAGUCCAAAACACCCGGAGGGCCCAAGUUUGCCCACGCCUGGUCUAGAUCCAACACCCAAAAAGGCAGCUUGGAAUCCUGAGAGAUAGAAGAAAUAAAUAAAUAGGUAGAUAGGUAAAGGAAAUAUAUAAAUAGAUAGAUAGAUGAAAACAUACAUCGAUAGAGGAAAUAGCUAUAUAAAUCUAAUAGCCAUGAAAGCCUUCGACAACGCUAUAUAGAUCGAUCAAUAAAAUAGAGGAUAUAAAUGAAUUUGUUCUUGGCUUUUGAUUGUACAGCUUGAUGGCAUACAAAUGGAUUGAAAUGCAAAACUGCAUCAAACGAAAAGGCGUUGCUGCUCUUACAGAUACCUUAUUUUUAAAAUAAAAUUUUUAAAAAAUUAUUUGAAAGGUCUUAAAGCUGUUUCAUUGGAUAUACCGUAUAUACUCGAGUAUAAGCCGACCCGAAUGUAAGCCGAGGCACCUAAUUUUACCACAAAAACUGGGAAAACUUAUUGACUCGAGUUUAAGACAAGGGUGGGAAAUGCAGAAGCUACGGGUCAAAUUCAAAAAUAAAAUAGAUAUUAAUAAAAUUGAAUUAUUUUAGGCAUCAGUAGGUUAAAUGUUUUUGAAUAUUUAUAUAAAACUGUAAUUUAAGAUAAUAAUAAGACUUUAAUAAGAUAAGAUUAUCCAACUCUGAGUACCUAUAUACUCGAGUAUAAGCCGACCCGAAUAUAAGCCGAGGCACCUAAUUUUACCACAAAAACUGGGAAAACUUACUGACUCGAGUUUAAAUUCGACUGACUCAACUCAAAUUACUCGAGUUUAAAUUCGACUGACUCGACUCAAAUUACUCAAGUUUAAAUUCGACUGACUCGACUCAAAUUACUCAAGUUUAAAUUCGACUGGCUCGACUCAAAUUCAAAAAUAAAAAUAGAUUUUAAUAAAAUUGCAUUAAUUGAGGCAUCAGUAGCUUAAAUGUUUUUGAUUAUUUAUAUAAAACUGUAAUUUAAGAUAAUAAGACUUUAAUAAGAUAAGACUAUCCAACUCUGAAUACAGUAGUCUCUCACUUAGCCAACAUAAACGGGCCGGCAGAAUGUUGGAUAAGCAAAUAUGUUGGAUAGUAAGGAGGCAUUAAGGAAAAGCCUAUUAAACAUCAAAUUAGGUUAUGAUUUUACAAAUGAAGCACCAAAACAUCAUGUUAGACAACAAAUUUGGCAGAAAAAGUUCAAUAGGCAGUAAUGCUAUGUAGUAAUUACUGUAUUUAUGAAUUUAGCACCAAAAUAUCAUGAUAUAUUGAAAACAUUGACUACAAAAAUGCGUUGGAUAAUCCAGAAUGUUGGAUGAGCGAGUGUUGGAUAAGUGAGACUCUACUGUACCUAUAUAUUCAAGUAUAAGCCGAUCCGAAUAUAAGCCGGCCAGAAUCCUCACUCGAGUAUAAGCCGAGGGGAGUUUUUUCAGCCCUAAUAAAGGGCUGAAAAACGAGGCUUAUACUUGAGUAUAUACAAUAAAUAGAAAUUUAGAUAAUAUAACUGCAAACACAUAAGACAGGAAGCUAAAGGAGAGAGAACAUGAAAGAAAUGUAUAGAGAUAUAUAGACAGAUAUAGAUACAGAUAUUGAUAGAAAGAUAAAGAGGUACAGUAUAUAGGUAAUAUAAACAGAGAAAGACAAAUCAAUAGAGGGAAAGAGAAAAAAAUAGAGACAGAAAGUAAUUAAGAAAGAAACGUCUGGGAUCUCAAAACAAAGAACCGCUGCCUUCAGCUCCUCUCCGUGAAUGUAUUAUUUCCUCAUUUACGAUGACGACGAUUGUCUCCAAACGCGUGUCUGUUGCAAACACAUAGUACGUUUCCCUACAUAUAUAUACAGUGUAUAAAUACAGGUGCCAAAUUAAUCCCUAUGUAUAAAAUAUUGGAGGGUGUUUAAUAAACAUUUUGUAACUCAAAA